AUGCGCAUCGCUGCUGCCCACAAAUACUACAAUCUCGGCCACUUCGAGCGCCCCGUCAGCACAGACAGUGCCGACGCGCAGACCUGGUUCAACCGGGGGCUCAUCUGGGUCUACGCUUUCAACCACGAGGAGGCGGCGAAAUGCUUCGACCAGGCCAUCGCUCAUGACCCCUUGUGUGCCAUGGCCUACUGGGGUCUGGCCUACGCAGUUGGUCCCAACUACAAUAAACCCUGGGACCGCUUCGAUAAGCGUGAUCUACGCAUCUCCACGCGGCGGGGCUACGAUGCGUCCAGGAAAGCAAAGGAGCUGGCAAAUACCAGUCCGCGACCCGUUGCUGCAUGGGAACACGCCGUGAUCGAGGCCAUACAGUGUCGCUUCGACCGGGGGAGUCCUCCGACCGAGCCAAAUGUGCUGAAUCGGAAUUAUGCUGCUGCGAUAGAUCGUGUUUAUAGGGAAUUCGGCGAGGAUAUUGAAAUCGCUGUCCUUUAUGCUGAUGCAUUGAUGAACGUCACCCCUUGGGCGCUCUGGAAUUUAUUCACGGGAGAGCCUGCGCCCAAUGCGCCGACGCUGCUGGUUAGGGAUGUCCUCGAGUAUGCGCUUACUCUGGACAAGGCCUAUCAGCAUCCAGGGCUGCUGCAUCUCUAUAUCCAUUUUAUUGAGAUGUCACCUACGCCCGAGUUGGGCAUCAACGUCGCCGAUCGCCUGCGCGAUCUGGUUCCAGACGCGGGACACAUCCACCACAUGCCCACGCAUCUUGACAUCCUCGUUGGCGACUGGAGACGAUCCAUCACAUCCAACUAUAACGCCACGUUAGCAGACGACAAAUACCUCGCCCAGGUAGGGCCUUACAACCUCUACACAUUCUACCGCCUCCACAACUACCACUCCUUAAUAUAUGCCGCCAUGUUCGCAGGCCAACGCAAGACAGCACUGGAUGCAGUCGCGCGCAUGGAGGAUUCCGUACCAGAAGGCGUUCUCCGUAUGGUCUCGCCACCCAUGGCAGACUGGCUCGAGAACUACCUCGCAACGCGUCUACACAUCAUGAUCCGCUUCGGGAUGUGGCAGGACCUCAUCCAGACAGACCUCCCAACAGACCAACGCCUCUACUGCGUGACAACAGCAACAACACAUUACGCCAAAGGCCUCGCCUACGCAGCAACCGGCCAAGUCGGCAAAGCAGAGGAACAACGCGCCCUAUUCCAUCAAGCCCGCUCCCGAGUCCCGCCCUCCCGACGGGCAUAUAACAGCAAAGCCUCGGAGACUUUAGCCGUAGCAUCCUCAAUGCUAGACGGUGAACUCGCCUACCGCAAGAAAGACUACGAGACGGCAUGGUCGCACUUCCGCAAAUCUACGGAACUGGACGAUAAACUCCCCUACAGCGAACCGUGGGCGUGGAUGCAGCCCAGCAGACACGCGUAUGCUGCUCUGCUCCUCGAGCAGGGACACCUUGAUGAGGCGGCGAGGCAAUACCGCGCGGACCUGGGCGUUGACGACACGCUUAUCCGCCCGCGUCGGCAUCCGAAGAAUGUCUGGUCGCUGCAGGGGUAUCAUGAGUGUUUGACGAGGAUGGGACGGGCGGAGGAGGCGGCGACGAUUGAGCCGGCGCUGAGACUUGCUGUUGCCGUGGCGGAUGUUCCUAUCAAAGCUUCUUGUUUCUGUAGGCUGGAUACGACGCAGGCGUCGGUUGUUAUGGCUGAGGGGAGACAUAGUCGAUUGUAA